GUAAUAGCCUCAGCUCAGAGAAAAAUCCCAACCGACAUGUCUGGUUCGAUCGAAACAGACUCAUCAUUUUCUAGUUACAUCGUCAAAGCCAUGGAUGGCUUAUGGAGAGCUGGCCAAUCUGGUUAUCAACAUGUCUGGCCUGAAAUGAAAUUUGGAUGGCGUAUCGUUGCUGGGACGGUGAUUGGAUCCUUGGGAGCAGCAUUUGGGAGCGUCGGGGGUGUUGGUGGCGGCGGCAUCUUUGUUCCCAUGUUAAUCCUCAUUAUUGGGUUUGACGCAAAAUCUGCAACUGCCAUUUCAAAAUGUAUGAUCACAGGUGCGGCCAUCUCAACCGUUUACUUCAACCUGAAACUGAAGCAUCCUACAUUGGAUAUACCAUUAAUUGACUAUAAUAUGGUGAUGCUUAUGAUGCCCAUGAUCAUGCUGGGGAUUACCAUUGGAGUUAGUUUGAGCGUUGUGUUUGCUGACUGGAUGAUCACUGUGCUUCUAAUCAUUGUCUUCAUAGGAACCUCAAUUAAGGCAUUCUUCAAGGGUAUUCACACCUGGAAAACGGAAACCUUAACGAAACAGGUUGCUAGUUUUGGAAAGUUCCUAAGGACGGAUUGUGAUGAGGAGCCAGAAUACAACUCUCUUCCCGCAAAAUCUCAAAAAGACAACAGACUACCCCAGUUCUUGACCAUCCUUGUUUACUUGAACGGAACUAUGCUGAUUCAUCAGGGUCCGAUUCUUGGCAACAUAUAUUGGAAAGAGCUGGGAUAUAUCUCCUUCGUCUGGCUCGCAUACUUUUUUCUGCAGAUUAUUAAGACAUACACAAGUACAUGUUCAACCACGUUUUGGAUAGUAAAUCUAUUACAGGUACCGGCUUCUCUAGGAGUGCAUCUGUACCAAGCAAUAGGGCUUCAUCAGGGAUGGAGAACCAUUCCUUCCAAAGGAGAUCGGGGCACAAAUUGGCCAUUGCACUAUCUGAUUCUCUCUAGUUUCUGUGCCACCUUAGCUGGACUUAUCGGCGGCCUUCUCGGUAUAGGCAGUGGAUUUGUCAUGGGUCCUUUGUUUCUGGAACUGGGAAUCGCCCCUCAAGUGGCAAGUGCCACAGCCACACUUGGAAUGACAUACUCAGCAUCUAUCUCUACUGUAGAAUAUUACCUCCUGAACCGUUUUCCUGUUCCUUACGCUUUGUAUCUGACCUUUGUGGCAACAAUCGCUGCAUACAUAGGGCAGGAUAUCAUUGACAGGCUGGUUACAAGAUUUGGAAGGGCGUCUCUGAUUAUAUUUGUCCUGGCCUUUACAGUAUUUGUCAGUGCAUUUGCAUUGGGUGGAGUUGGUGUGUCAGACAUGGUUCAAAAGAUUCAGCGUAACGAAUACAUGGGAUUUGAGGACUUCUGCAAGUAG